AUGGGGAAAUUCUCACCCUCUCGCCCUCGGUUCCUCGCCGCCGCAAUCGCUGUCGUCGCUCUCUGCUUGAUCUUCCGCGUAUCAACGGCGGAUCUCGAAGAACCCGGCACGCUCCGGCUGCCUUCCCAGAGGCUGUGCGGCAAAACGACGCCUUCGUCGUGUCCCGCGAAGUGCUUCCGCGCCGACCCGGUGUGCGGCGCCGACGGCGUGACCUACUGGUGCGGUUGCGCUGAGGCGGCGUGCGGCGGCGUGGAGGUUGCGAAAUUGGGGUUCUGUGAAGUGGGGAAUGGAGGAUCGGCACCGAUUCCUGGACAGGCUCUGCUUUUGGUGCACAUUGUGUGGCUCAUCGUGUUGGGGUUCUCCGUCUUGUUCGGUCUUUUUUAG